GCUCCUGCAUCUGCAACUCGGCUGAAGAAUGGUUUGUUUUUAGUCGUUUGAAGUGAUGCUAUAUCUAACAUCCUUUAACCAUACUUUUUGACAGACUGUUAUAAAGAUGGCGUUUAUUAAAGAGGAGAGUGAAGACAUGAGGAUUGAAGAAACAUUCACAAUUAAGCUUGAAGAGAUUGAAGAAGCUUUCAGAGUCAAACAUGAAGAUCCUGAGGAACAAACAGACCCGAUUGUGCUGAAGGAGGAGAACGAAGAGAUCAUUAAUCUCAAUCAGCAAGAAAACCUUAACGUUUACAGGUGGAUUCACACUGGAGAGAAACCUCACACUUGCUCUCAGUGUGGAAAGAUUUUUGUACAUAAAAGGUCUCUUGAUGCCCAUAUGGGAAUUCACACUAGAGAGAAGCGUUUUAUGUGCCGUCUAUGUGGAAAAACUUGCAGUAAAAACGCAAACCUUAAAAUCCACAUGAGGACUCACACCGGAGAGAAGCCUUUUACCUGCCAUAAAUGCGGAGCAAGUUUCACUCAGCGAGGAAACUUUACAUCCCACAUGUUGACUCACUCCGGAGAGAAACCUUUCGUCUGCCAUCAGUGCGGGAAGAGUUUCGCUGAAAAUAAAAACCUGAAAGCCCACAUGAGGAUUCACACCGGAGAGAAACCAUUUACCUGUCAUAAGUGUGGAAAGAGUUUCACUCAACGAGGAAACUUCACAUCCCACAUGUUGACUCACUCCGGAGAGAAACCUUUCGCCUGCCAUCAGUGUGGAAAGAGUUUCAGUGAAAAAAAAAACCUGAAAGCCCACAUGAGGAUUCACACCGGAGAGAAGCCUUUUACCUGCCCUACGUGUGGAAAGAGGUUUACUCAACAAGGACACUUUACAUCCCACAUGAGGACUCACUCCGGAGAGAAACCUUUCGUCUGCCAUCAGUGUGGAAAGAGUUUCGGGAGCAAGGAAAACAUGAAAGUGCACAUGAGGAUUCACACCGGAGAGAAGCCUUUCAGCUGUCAACAAUGUGGAAGGCGUUUUACUCAAAAAGCAGCUCUUGAAGGCCACCUAACCAUUCACAGCAGAAAUAUGCUUUACACAUGCCACAUAUGUGGAGUGAACUACAAAACUGAACAAGGCCUUAGAUGUCACAUGGAUGCUCACACCGAUCUGAUUGCGCUGAAAGAAGAGUUUGGAGAAAACAAGAAGCCUUACACUUGCUCUCAUUGUGGAAAGAGUUUUCAUUAUAAAACUUCUUUUAAACGGCAUGAAAUGAUUCACACUGGAGAGAAGCCGUACGUCUGUCCACAGUGUGGAAAAAGUUUUAUGGAAAAAUCUGUGCUUAAAAUCCACCAGAGUGUCCACACUGGAGAGAAGCCGUACUCGUGCACAGAGUGUGGGAAAGGUUUUACAUGUACAAGCGCUCUGAAUUGCCACAUGAACCUCCACACUGGAGAGAAGCCGUACACUUGCCCCCAAUGUGGGAAGAGUUUUUCACAUAAAAGGUCUCUGUAUAACCACAUAUCAUUUCACAUCGGAGAGAAGCCUCACACCUGCAAAACAUGUGGAGCGAGCUUGUCAACAAAACAAAACCUUAGACGUCACAUGAUCAUUCACACCAAUGAGAGGCCGUUUGAUUGUUCUUACUGUGGAAAGAGAUUCAGACAUAAUAGGUCCCUUACUAGGCACAAAAAGGUUCACUCAGAAAUGAAGGAUUAAUUACCAACUGAGAAUCCACAACAGAGAGAAACCAAUCGCCUGCAAAUGAAAAGAGCUUCACAACCAAACGUUAUCUAUAACUUGAACAAUCACACUGGUGAAAAGACAUUUAUUCCCAAUCCCAAUUCUUCCCCUUAGCCUUUCCCCUUCUCCUGGUUUUGCAUGCUCAGGGGAAGGGUUUGGAGUGUCCAGAUUCUCUUCAUCUUAAAAGUGUGAGGCUAAGGGGAAGUACUAGAUAGCCCUUGAAACUGAGAUUUUCCAGGACCACACUCGAAACCAAGGGGUAUGGAAAUUUCCCACAAUACAGCAACAGCAACAUGGCUGCACACGCCAAUGAGGAGAUGCACAGAUUAGUAUUUUACGGCAUUAUUACAACAAACAAGCAUGUUUUAGUACACUCAUAACGGCGUUCGUGUUUUACCGUGAUCUGAGAUGUUCACGAUAUCACAAUCCAUGCGACAAUACAAAUGACCGUGGGGAAAUGUCAAAACUGUGUUUUUCUUCCUGGUAUAUGAAUGCUUUUCUGUAUGCCAAAUGAUUUGCUUCCUCAGAAUCUACCCAGCCAGGUCAGAGGUCAUGGAGACCUCUCGAGUGGACCUCUACUCUUGAAGGAUUGGAAACAGUUAAUUCCUUUGUAUGUGAGCUGUAAAGGAUGUAGAUUAUAUUGGUUUUUAACCAGUUUGAUAAAGACGGCUAAGAGUACACUCAGUCUUGGGUAAGAAACAGAUUGUACUUUGUGUGUGU